UCGUUUGCUUCUGCUCUCCCCGCCAAAAGACGAACACCAAACUCGCCCCUGCUUGGCGUGUCGUUAUACGGUAAGCGCGACCCAGUCAUGGACUCGGACGAGGGUUACAAUUACGAAUUCGACGACGAGGAAGAGGAAUGCAGCGAAGACAGCGGCGAAGAGGAGACCGCGGACGACACCCUGGAGCUCGGCGAGGUGGAGUUGGUUGAUCCCGUUGUGGCCGGCGGAGAGCGAGACGACUGCGGGGAGACCGGGGGUAGCGGCCUCGGGCCCGGGCAGGACGAGGAAGACUACCGCUUUGAAGUUCUUACUGCCGAGCAGAUCCUGCAGCAUAUGGUGGAGUGUAUCCGGGAGGUCAACGAGGUCAUCCAGAAUCCUGCUACCAUCACUAGAAUAUUACUUAGUCAUUUCAACUGGGACAAGGAAAAGCUGAUGGAAAGGUACUUUGAUGGUAACCUGGACAAGCUGUUUUCAGAGUGUCACGUUAUAAACCCCAGCAAGAAAUCUCGGACACGCCUCAUGAACACAAGAUCGUCGGCACAGGACAUGCCAUGUCAGAUCUGCUAUCUCAACUAUCCUAACUCGUACUUCACUGGUCUGGAAUGUGGGCACAAGUUCUGCAUGCAGUGCUGGGGCGAUUACUUAACCACCAAAAUCAUAGAGGAAGGAAUGGGACAGACCAUUUCUUGUCCUGCUCAUAGCUGUGAUAUUCUGGUGGACGACAACACCGUAAUGAGACUGAUUACAGAUUCAAAAGUGAAGUUGAAGUACCAGCAUUUAAUAACCAAUAGUUUUGUAGAGUGUAACCGACUGUUAAAAUGGUGUCCUGCGCCCGACUGUCAUCAUGUUGUCAAAGUACAGUACCCAGAUGCCAAACCUGUAAGAUGCAAGUGUGGACGACAGUUUUGCUUCAACUGUGGGGAGAAUUGGCAUGAUCCAGUGAAGUGUAAGUGGUUAAGAAAAUGGAUUAAAAAAUGUGACGAUGACAGUGAGACAUCGAACUGGAUUGCAGCCAAUACAAAGGAAUGUCCGAAAUGCCAUGUCACCAUAGAGAAAGAUGGUGGCUGUAACCAUAUGGUGUGCCGAAACCAGAACUGCAAAGCAGAGUUUUGCUGGGUCUGUCUGGGCCCCUGGGAGCCACAUGGUUCUGCGUGGUACAACUGUAAUCGCUAUAAUGAGGAUGAUGCCAAGGCAGCACGGGAUGCGCAGGAGCGUUCCAGAGCAGCCCUGCAGAGGUACCUGUUCUACUGCAACCGCUACAUGAACCACAUGCAGAGCCUGCGCUUCGAGCACAAGCUGUACGCUCAGGUCAAGCAGAAGAUGGAGGAGAUGCAGCAGCACAACAUGUCGUGGAUUGAGGUGCAGUUCCUGAAGAAGGCUGUGGAUGUGUUGUGCCAGUGCCGCUCCACGCUCAUGUUCACCUACGUUUUUGCAUUCUACCUCAAGAAAAACAACCAGUCCAUCAUUUUCGAGAAUAACCAGGCAGAUCUGGAAAAUGCCACAGAGGUUCUAUCUGGAUACCUGGAGCGAGACAUUUCCCAAGAUUCCCUGCAGGACAUCAAGCAGAAAGUACAAGAUAAAUACAGAUACUGUGAGAGCAGACGGAGAGUCCUGCUGCAGCAUGUACACGAAGGCUAUGACAAAGACCUGUGGGAGUACAUCGAGGAUUGAGAUUGAUCUCCGCACCACAGACUCUCGGAGAGAAGCUCCAGCCACUAGAGCACUGAUGCAAUGACCAGAGCAGCCCUGACCAGCUGCCUCCUGCCUGGCCAAGCCGCCCUGCGUUGCAUCACUUCCCCAGAACAGCAGAAAUUAUAUUUAAAUUAGAAUAUUACAAAAUAAAAUAUUACAUGCUCAACAGUAUUGUCAGCAGCGCAAGACUGAGACAUCCAACAAAAAGGCAAAAAUCUCUUCCUUUUGCUUGCAUCGUAAGAUCUUCCCCCUCCUCGGAAACAAAUGUUUUCCUCCUCCUCAGUUACGUUUGUGGACGUGUUCUGUUUGAAUUUAUUUUAAAUACACUUUUUUUUUUGGUUUGUUUUGUGUGUGUGUGCGCGCGCGUGUGUGUGUGGAAAAUGGACUUUGGUUUUUUUUCUCAAAAAUGGCUUUAAUAAUUUUGACCAUGUCUGGCAAGCUCUGUGUUGUUUGGGUUGCUGAAUGUUGAUUGGUUGAUUGUUAAGAAGGCUUCUUUUUGGCUUCGUGAAGAAAAAAAAAAGAAAACACCAAAAAAAAAAAGACGACAAAAUCGGUAUUUUUCAAUUUGUAAAUAAUGCAUAUGCAUGGAAGUUUAAAGAGUAAGAGUGGCAUGUGUUUGCAUCAUUUUUAAAAGAUAUUUAUCUUUACAAAUAUAAAAAAAACUGUAUAUUU